AUGCGCCUACCAUUUUCAUACUAUUCUAAUGUCUCGGCUUCCAACCUCCAGAAUUUGAACAACGAGACGGUGAUGUUUCUCGAUUCAAGUGGAUGUCUUCAUUUGCCACAAAAAGAAGUCCUAGACAUGUUUGUCAACCACUAUUUCCUCUACAUGCAUCACACCAUACCUAUCGUUGAUGAAGCGGACUUUGGUGCUGCAUACUGGAACCGGGUGAGCUCGAGGCCAGACGUCUCGUUGCUGUUGCUGAAGGCCUUGAUGUGUGCCACAUGUAAUUUUUUGCCAAUUGAUGCUAUCCGACAAUGCGGUUAUGAUUCGUAUGGUCAGGCCCGAGAAGCCUUAUAUCGUGAAGCCAAGCUGCUCUAUGACUUCCAGAUUGAGCGCGACCCAUUCAUUGUGUGCCAGGCUGCAUUAUUACUCUCUUUCCACGCAACAAAACAAGACCAGCUGUCCAACAGUACAUGGUUGGCCGUUGCAACCCAGCGCGCGAUCUCGCUGAAUGCUCAUCGCUACUCCUCUUCGAAAUCAAAACUGUCCGAGAAGGAGCGCGAGGCAUUGAAGCGACUGUGGUGGUGUUGCAUUCUCCGUGACAGAGUCAUAUCAAUGGGUGCUCGUCGGCCAAUGCAGAUAAGCACUCUGCAAUUCGAUUUCAGUCAGGACAGGAUCACUAUGGAUGAUCUCGAACCCGAAGUUGCCAUUUCCAAAGUCUUCGAUACCGAUAGCAAAAUUAUCCUUUGCAACUUGGUCACCGUCCAAUGCGAUCUUGCCACAUCUUUGAGCGGCCUUUCUUCGUUGUUUUACUCGGGAAGUGGUCGCUCCUCGGAACUGUCAAAUCAAGAAGACAAUUCAACCAAUGUCCUUGAGGUACUGGAAACUGCCAAAGCGCCGUUGGACAAUUGGGCAAGAGCUUCGUUGCCUCGCUUGGAAUCACUGGCGAAAAGCGAUCGACAACCGAUCUCACUCUAUGCCACGUCACUCCUCUUGCAUUAUCACAAUGUUCGAAUAGCCAUAUGCAACUAUCAUGGCUAUCUUUUGUCUAGCCAUCUGAGACUUCCCGAAAAGGUUCAUAGGACUCAUCUGCAAAACCGUCACUCAGAGUUGACAGAUGCUGUCGAUGCCAUCACGGAAUGUUUUAAACAUUUGGUACAAAACAAUUCAGCAGAAUAUCUAUCGCUCAGCACGCUGAGUACUGUGGACAUACCGUUCAUGUUGAUGAGCUUGAACAAAAGACUUCGGAACUCGUCUAGCUUAGGGAAGGGGAAUGCCCUCAGAUGCUUCGCCACCAUCCUCCGCAUUCGCGAUGUCCGCUUUGACAUGGGCCAUAUAAAACUAUACAUGAUGAAAGCCAUGCGGGAAUUCAAACUACGAGAUUCGAUAUCGAAUCUAACUUCUGGUGAUGAUGAUAUACGACCAUCGGAUCUUUGUAGUCUGGUCUCUGCCCAUGAUCAAUUUCUGUCUACGGGAAAACAAGAUCAAGCACUAUCGCCAGUCACUUCGACUCAGAAGCAGAAAACUUCGAAUUCUCAGGCGGCCGUUGGACCAAUUAGCCGAGAAAAUAUCUCAGACAACUCACAACAGCCGCAACAGCCGCAAGCAAUCCUACAAGAUCCUCUCCGGGAAACCGAGCGAUAUAAUACUUCCGCAGACUAUGAUAUAGAUCAGUUGCUGAACUUUCCAGAGGUCGACGAUUGGUGGUAUAUGCUACAGGACCUUGGGCAACUUGACUUCUCGUCAGAGAACUUUCCGUCGAUGCUUCCCUCUGACGAGGUCUACCUUUUCAGUGAACAGGAUUAUUGA